AUGUCAAAGUGCUUUUGUGGGUUGUUUGAAAAGAAGCCAGCUAUAAAGCCUUCGAAGCCUCUGGAGCUGAAGGUCGCGGAGCCUUUUGUAAAUGAGCUUGGCGAACCAACAAAUGGAGCCUCGGAAGGUAACUUCAAAGAUCCAGUCGACUGGUUGGUCGACGAGAAUGGGAAAAGGCACCGGACCAACAUGUACGAUCAGAAAAACCUGAUCGUGCGCCGCGCUGGAACGAUAAAACUGAAGGUCGCGUUCAUGCGCGAAUUCAACUCGGCAGGAGACACGCUUAGACUCGAGUUUUCGACUGGCAAAGCGCCGGCUAUUCAGUUCGGAACGAUGGCCAUUGUCGAUUGCAAGGAAGACGGGAAGUUGGAUAAGCUCGGCUGGUCAGGCACGCUUGAAGUGAACGAUAAAAUGAUCGAGGUCGUUGUCAAUGUUCCUCCAACAGCGGCUAUUGGAAAAUACUCUGUCAAGUUGUCGCUGAGAACACUUCUCAUCGACGGUUCAAUCAGCGUUUCUUCCUCCAACCAGCCAAGUAUCUACAUCAUCGCGAAUCCAAUGUCCGAGCUGGACGGAUGCUAUUAUGAAAACGACAACAGCGAGGAGUUCCUCGAUGAGUACGUCUUCAACGACGUCGGAGCCAUUUGGCCGACUUCUUGGAGCGGAUCCGUCAAUAUUUGCCGGCAAUACAUCAAGAAUGGAUACAGACCGGUCAAAUACGGACAGUGCUGGGUCUUUUCCGGACUUUUGACGAGCUUGCUGAGGUCGAUCGGGAUCCCGACUAGAUCUGUCACCAAUUUCUCUUCCGCCCACGACGGGGACGACACGAUGACAAUCGACAUCUACAAGGACAAAGAUAACAAUGAAGUUCGGCUGAAUAGAAGCAGAGAUUCCGUCUGGAACUUCCACGUCUGGAACGAGUGCUGGCUCCAGCGCCCUGACUUCCCGAAAAAUAUGGGUCUCGACGGCUGGCAGGCUGUUGAUGCCACGCCGCAAGAAUACUCGAAUGGAAUCUAUCAGUGCGGCCCAGCGCCAGUAAUAGCUGUUCGCCAAGGACAAACGUUUUUGAACUUCGACACCAACUUUGUCUAUGGCGAGGUCAACGCGGACAGAUGCACCUGGCGGCUGAACGAAAACUACGAAAUUGUUGAGCUGACGGAAAGGAAAACGGACGGGAUUGGACGCUUCAUUUCGACGAAAGCGGAAGGAAGAAAUAAUUUUGCGCGGAGGGAUUUGACAGAUCAGUACAAAUUCCGGGAAGGGUCAAAAGAAGAACGAGAGGCAUUCGACCGGGCUGUGGCUUACGCCGGAAACAGCAGGAGAGAAAGACGAGAAUUCAUGUUGAGAAACUACUCGAAAAUCCAACGCGAGCUUCUGAACAAGACUCGCUCGAUGCUAAAAUUAGAAAUCGUCACGGGAGAAUUUUCGAUCGGCGACGACCUUGAAAUCAAGCUCUUGGUUGUUUCUGCGGACAACAAAGUCGUUGAACUCGUUGAAAAGCCUAAAGGAGGAGUAAGCCAGGUUAUCGGCCAGCGCGCUUUGAAGCAAAGUUCCAUCCAGAAGCGCUUCGACUCUUCAGUCGUUUUCUCCCACAAGGAAUACGAAGGGCGACUCGCUCGCGAUGGCCAGAGUCACAUGAGAGCAGAUGCGAUGAUCAAGGUCAAAAAUCCGACAACUGGCGAGAUCGAGACGCACACGACCAGACACGACUUUACUCUCAGAGUUCCUCCUAUGGUUACCAUUGCUCUGCGAGAUCAAGAUUCAAACCCCUUGACAUAUCCGCUUCAAAAUGCUUCCCUCACGGUCGAAGCUAAUGGUCUUUUUGCUGACAGAAGCUUCAAUGAACUCACACUUGAGCCAAGAACACCCUACACGUUGAAUUUUGAUUUCACUCCUGAAAAGGCGGGAAAUUUCACGAUUGUCGUCGAUCUCGACAGUCGAGAAGUUCAAAAUAUCAAAGCUGAUGCCACCUUCGAAGUCCUGGAAUAA